GGAUGGUGGAAAAAUUGCACACAGCAGUCACUUGAUUUAAAGUUUUUAGUUGGAUGUGAGCUCUGCUGCAGACUUCAAAAAUGCUGAAAUUUCUUACCCACAGUAUAGUGAAGGUUGUGUUCUUACUGUGUGUACCAACUGUCGGGAGCGCACUCUCCAGCAACUGCACAAGUCGCCGAUGUCUAAGCAUUGUGUUGAUAGAUAAAAAAUUGUUAUCACAGCCACAGAAUCAAAGCUGCAAGCUUGAAAUCCGUGUGCCACGAUUACAGUACACAACUCUGGCAGUUGACACAAAGGAUGUCAAUCUAGAAAUUCUUCUGCAAGCCUCAGUCGAAUGGGAAGAUCCUGAGUUGGCUUGGGACACAUCGGUGUACACGUUUGAUGACGUGAUUCUGCCAGUAGAUAAAAUCUGGACGCCUGAGCUCCUUAUAACAAAUGCAGUAACAUCAACUGUGCAGCCGACCUCUGCUGAUGUGCUGGUGUACAGUAACGGGACUGUGAAGCACAGUUUGACCAUAAAUGCAGUGGUGAACUGUGAAAUCAACCUGUUCAACUAUCCCUUUGCUUAUGAUGUCUGUCCUGUUCCAAUAGAAACCUGGAGCACUGAUGGAUGUGGUCCAACCCUGAAGUUGGACGAAUUGGAGCUGGUUGAUAGCAGCCAUGGAGACUGGGAAACAAUGUAUAUAGCGUUUCAGAAAAAAGGAGAUGAACAAAAUUACAUCCAGGUGGGACUACAACUCAAGCCUGCCAACCCCUUCCUAACGUUGAUGCUGCCCAGUUAUCUGCUCAUCUUUGUUGACAUGGUCAGCUUUGCUUUGCCACUGCGAGAUGGAAAACGCAACUCUUUUAAGGUCACUCUGGUGCUCAGCUUAAUCCUCUUCAUCAAUAUCCUCAAUGAUAAGCUCCCUGGAGACAGCGAAUGCAGUCCAAUAAUCCGGCCGCACUUCUGUGUCUGCCUGAUCUUCUUGAUCAUGAGUAUGCUGGUGUCCAUGUUAACUACACGGAUCUCCCAAGAAGGCCACCUGGUUCUCUGCUGUUGGUCAAUGCGAUCAGCCCGCAAAAUCACAGAAAACAAGGAAGCGAUCAAGGAUGAGGAAACUAAAGCUGAUAUUAACACCAUCCAGCUAAAUGCCACAGAGGACAUUCAGAUACUCAGAAAGGUGGCCAAAUUCUUGGAAGCUCAUAAUACCAACGAAGCAGAAAAGGAGAGACAAAACAACUUUGCCAACUUGUUGGACAAGACUUUUUUCUGGAUCUAUUUCAUUGCUGGCAUUGGAUACCUUGUUAUUAUAACUGUAAUUAUGACAAAGUUUAAAUGUAACGUUGAUCAUUUUGAUUUCUGGAAUGACUGAUGUGUAUUACUCAAAGUGUUGCAUAAAGCGCUUUGAGAGCUCAGGUAGAGUAGAAAAGCACUAUAUAAGAAUUAGUUCAUUUACCAUUUAUUAACACAAUCUACACUUUUAUUUGAAAUUGCAAAUUUAAGAUAUAUUUCAGAUGCAGAGUGAUGAAAACCUCUGAAUGUAUUUAUUAGUUAAAUCACACAGUCAAUAUCCCAGUUAUUGUGUGUAC